CUAAACUUCGAUCACCUUCCUUCCAUCGUUGUACGUUCGCGUACCGAUGAGCCUGUGGCGUGAACGAUUCACUAUAAGCAUAUUUUAUAUGUAUUCUCAAGCGAAACAAAUACUCACACAUCUCAUGUGUUAUCCGGCGGAUCGAAGGUUGUCUGAUCUACGUACAAGGCGCCCACUCCAGCAUCAAUAGGUCGAUUUCGUCUUUAGCGUUCUCGUCCCUGCCUUUCUCACGCUAUUGUCGACAGUGGAUCGUGUAUGAAACUUACUUAAAAGCUUGUUGAAAUCUAGGUUUCGUAUAAGAACAAAUAGGGGAUUUAUUAUAGCUUCCGCCAAGUAUGAAGUUGUUUUAAUAAAUCUUUUCUUUGUUUAAUUUUAGAAAAUUUUGGAAAAACAGUAUCGGCUAAACUUUGAUUAAUUCAAGUCAACGGGCCCUUUACGGGUUGAAAGUAAACCUCUACGAAAGCUAUACUCUUGUCACAAUAUUUUUCAUUCAGGUACGGAAAUCGCAGAAAAUAGCAGGUGUUUUCUCGAACACUCAAUAUCAUAGUUUCUUUCAAACAAUCGUCAGAGAACAAUUAAUGCAGAAACUUUGUGUCAUUCCAAACGGACGGCAAAUCGACGGCAGAUGCUUAUUGUCGUAGACGCCGCCGAGGUCACAACCGUUUUUCCUCUCUGAACCCUCUAUUAUUCGAAAGACGAACAAAGAUAGGUGCUGGCGACCGUCGACGGCACGAGCAAUAACAGCGAACCUCCACAAUCGCUGACGCUGGCUGCAACGCCGGCUCACACAUGUCAUAAUGUUUUCGUCGGCUACCAUGACGACAGAGUACGACAGUUCCCUUACAUUCGAAGUUUCGAAAAAGCAGGCAUUCUGAAGGACCACGAGACAGCUGGCCAGCCCCGGGUCAGGACAGGCCUAUAGAAGCUAGAUUAACGAAUUCCGUAUGAAAGCAGUCACUCAACCGCGCGCCCAAUUAUCCUACGUUUUUUCGUGGUUUGGAGGAAAGAUGUGACACUAGCUAUCUUCUACUAAAGCUACCGUUACUACGAAUUGUGGUGAAUAAAUGGCUUGGUUUUCGCUCUCAAUAUCGUUCGCCGGCUACUGGGACCAAAAAGCGUAGUUGAUUGCUGCUCUGCGUCGGCACGUUACACCUACACAGAUCUGCUUGCGUGAAGUCCGGAGGGUUGCCGAUUAUAUGCCAUUGACAAAAAUUGACUUAAAGAAUAGAAUCGUUCAGACGUUGGACGCGAUGCUGUACCGGUCGAGUUAGACUCGGGAAGGAUUGUAAAGCUGUUUUAUAACGGUAAACAGGUACAAGUAGGUCCGUUAGUAGAGAUUACGUUGCACGAUUCACUGAAGGCUGUAAUGGCUAAUUAAUAGUAGGCCGAAGAACUUUUUGAGUGGCCUCGAUAUGUCCGACGUUGUGGCUUCGUGGGAGGUUCCUUUGGUUGGCCAAGCUUACCGAGUCGAAUUCGAACACGGAAGUGCAACGGGUAAACGUGUUGUGUACGUUAAUGGACUCGAGGUGUUACGAAAACACUGGCUUUUUAAGCUUGUUGGCGAGGAAAGCUUUGACAUAUUGGGACAUAAGUGCAUCAUUUCUAUCAAAGCCGUAGGAGGCUUCAGCUACUCAUAUCGGUUAUUUGUGGACGGAAAAGAAAUAGAGUCGUUUAGAGAGCGCCAGUCGAAAAUUCUCAAAACCUGGAUUUAUACGGACCAUCCAGAGGCGCCGCCUACUAGGGUAACCCUCGAGAGAGACACGAUGGAUGUCUACGUCAAUGGCGAAAAGGUCGAGUCGGUCGCUGAAUUUGUUUCAGAAGGAACGGAGACGCACUUUCAGGUGGGUCAUCGCGCCGGGGUCAUUGCUGGUAUAAGCAGUGGUAGUCGACAUGAAGGUAUUAUACAUAAUCUGCUCGUAGACGGACAUCUUGUGCCAGAGGCUCCAGAAGAGAGCGCUCCGGGGAACGUCGCUACGAUGGAGGAUUCCUAAACCUGCCUCUAGCAACAGCAAAUUAGAAGAGUGUAGGCAAAUUAUUUACUUAGUUAGCAUUAUCUAUAUAGUGCUACCCAUCAAUGUAUUGUAUCUUUGAAGUCUGAAGUUUUAAAGAGAACCUCCUACCGUAUCUAUUUAGAUCGAAAUCGUAGACGUAAUUAAGGUUUUAUUUAUAGCUUCUCUUAUUGUAUACCCUUUAAGAAAUCAUCGUUUGACCCGCUACAACUUGGACAGUACCAAUCAUAUGUUUCUGUUUCUUUCGUCAUGUCUAUUCUUAAUAUGUAGUGAACUUCAUGAGAAUAGAUCUAGUAACAACAAGCAGCAUUCAGUAAGUGAUGAAUAGACCCGCGGUAGCCAUUUUUAUGAUAGUACUAUUUCGUUUUGUAGCGUCCGUACAUCCCAUCCGAAGAACCCAUGUAGGCAAAAGGACACUCUACAAUGGUGACGAUUUGAUAUCAUCGAAUCUUCUCCGUUACCGUGACAGUCAGGAGAUCUAACCUAAGGUUUCGUGUUUUAGUGGUUUUUUGAUAGAUUAAGCGAGGUUAUAUUGCAAAAUUCUUUAAAAACGGCGGUUACGAUGGCGUAAGUGGUAUUGGCACCCUGAUCAACUUUAGCGUGCAUACAGAUAAUUACUGGCAUGAAAACUGUUCUGCCCUGUUAGGGAUAGGGCAAAGUAAUUAUUUGCUAUUGUUUGUUGUCUAAGCGACUUUUCGCUACUUAGAUGUUCGGAAGCAUGGCUUUGUUUCACACCCAUCUCAUCUAUUCAGCCAAUGCAGCCAAUCAAUUUCUUAUGUAACCAUCAAAUCGUUAAAAAUAUUUUAACAAGACGAACAGCGUUCUUUUUUCGCCUUUAACUAAAAAAUAUGAACGAGCAUGAGAGCAAGUAGAAGACCGACCAUCGAUGGAAACCCGACCAGAAGCAUUAAGGGGACGAGCAUCUGCGCUCAGCAACUUACGACUAUACAUACGAAACAAAAAAAAAGCGAAGAUCAGUUUACGCUAUGAGAAGAUUUGCUACCGUUGCGUUAUGAGACCGAAUCUAUCUGCAUGUGCUCAGCCCGAUUAAAGCCGAGGGCCUUUUGGUUCCUAGCUCCCGGCACUUUUAUCUACUUCGACCUAAGCUUUGAAAAGAUAGCGCAAGUGAUAUUAGCUGCUGGCAUAUUUAAGUUCGUGAAGAGGAUAUAUACGGCUAUCAUCUGCAAAUAACUAAGACCACUAUCAGAAUGCAAUAAUAUGUAAGUAAAUUAGCAAAUUUAUUAAAUGAACUCAUACCACAACAUAAAUAAAUUACAAGGAUUUUCCCUGCAGACCUAUUGGAGUUGCUUAAAACAUCUAUGUGCACUAUAUGAAAUUAUGAGCGACGAAGAAUUAGAGGUUAGGUUUAAAUUUCACCAGUAUAAUAUGAUUUCUACUGGGUCGGAUGUAACUCGUCUAAACGAUACUGACCUAAACAGCACAAGCUAUUCCAGAGUGGAAUAACAACAAUAAUACCUAUUGUACCUAGAUAUCGUUGCAGAACCUAAAAGUAUAAACCCACUUCGAUGCUUAAGCAUGAUAUUCAGGGCAAAUUCGACCAUGCCAAAGAGUGGGCUAGACAAUGUGUCGAGUUGAAGUAACGCCCUGGACUUAUUAUUAUUAUUAUUAUAGCUAAUAGUAUAAGAAGUUAUGUCUCCUGUUUUACGAAAGCUGGGUCGCGUUCUUCACUUCACACACACAAUGAUCAUUGGCCGAUUUUCAUCUAACAAUAGCUACUUGUUGUAUCCUUGAAAGGUAAACGGCUGCGAUUGAUGAUUGAUCGAACAAUAAUUUGCUUUUAUUUCCACCUACUUAAUAGUAUAGCUAUGACACUCACUCCUUGUAUUUGGUGUGUCGUGAUGACAAUAAUAACAGACUUUUGUUUAUGUUAGAAAACGAUGCUUUCAUAUCAUUCAUCAACAACAUUAAUGAUCAUAGAAUUAUUUAUUGUCAAACAGUCACGAUGUUUUAUGUACAGAUGAGGCACAGGUAAACGAGAACAAAAAAAAAAAAAAAAAAAAA